CCCUCUGUUCUGCUCAUCUUUCUUCCUAUCCUUUUUCUCAUCGGUCUUCAGAUCUUCUCCUCUCUGUCCCAAAUUUCUAAAUAAAAACCCUAAUUUUUGUUGGAAGGACGAUAAGAAGAAGAUUGAGAAUGCAGUUUUGUGGAGAUAAUAGACUGCUCCAGUCAUCCUCAUACUCGUUCAUCACUGUGGAUGCUAGUGACAUCGGCGAUGGACGGCGACGUUCAGAUUACCAAUCCGAGCUUCGUUGUGUUUGAGAACGAUUGAAGGGUUCUCCGUUGCCAUAAGAUCCAGAUUUUGUAUAUCAUCGGAAGAGGAUGGGUGCGGCAAGAUCUCAUCGACGAGGAGAUUUGUGCUCUAACGAUCUUCGUCGAGAAUUUCAAUGGAGCACUUUCAAAUAUUUUGAUGUCAACUAAGCUCCAGUUUCCACAUGGCGCUUUGGAGAAGCUGCAUCCAAACUGUGUAGACCUGUGCAGAGCCUUUGAUGCCAUAACCCAGAAUUGCAUAAGUGCUCUGCUAGUCAUCAAAGAGACGUUCUUCAAACAUGGCGAGAAGGAGACCUUGAGGUCUUGCGUGAAAGCGCUUAAUUUCUCCUCCGUAGAGAGCAAGGGGGAGCUGAAAGAUUAUGCUUGCCGGAUGAGCUUAUUUCUAAGCUUAGAUCUACUUUCAAAGAAGCUACGGUUCUGUGAGUGGAGGAAAUUGCAAGAGUUGGCGGGGCAAGAAGAUGUUGAUGUGCGGGAUUCUUUUGUUUGUGAGAUGCAGUGCUAGAUUCUGGUAUGCUGUAAGAGGGGCUGGUGUGUUUGCAAGAAGGACGACAAAGAGGUUUUGAACUUUCACAAGGAACAUUAGUUCAUAUACAUGAGAAUGUUAAACUUUAGAAUGUUCAAGGGAUUUUUGGUUGAGGAUUGAUGAUUUUUAUUAAUAUGAAGCUUUCCAAAACUAGAUUUGUGUGAUUUUGUUGGUUAAUUUUGCUCAAAUUACUAUUGAUUUAGUUCUAGUUGAUUGGACUAGGUCACAGGUACUACUUGGAAAAGCAAGCAUUUUAGUGACA